AUUUGCAAAGCAAAACAAAAGAGCCGGUCUGAAUCGCAAAAAACAUUAACCAUAUUUUCGUUUACAAAGAAGUUACGUUUUCGAGUAAAACGUGAAAUAUUUGAAAAAAAUUAGUUUUCAAUCUUGGAAUAGCGAUGGACAUCGAUAUGAAUGGAUUCGUGGUUCCGAACAUGCAAUCAUGGUUCCGACAGAACAGUAUUAUAUCCACGCCUGGGAACGGAUUGUUGUAUCACUCGCGGACAGAUGUGAACUACAUCGCACCGCUCCAGCAGGGUCAGAUGCCUCGCGUCCGGAUCAUUAACUGUAGAGCGGGAAUCAAAUCGCUGGCUUGCUCUCCAGAUUGGACCGAACGGCGAGAGUUUGCAACAUUUGACGAUCAGAAUCAUUUACAGGUCUGGAACUUGGAUCAGGGUGUGGCAGUAAAGGGCCACAAAGGUCAUGUUUUCAAGUUGUCGCGCACUGAGUACCGUUUUGGUCAGAACGAGGUCACUUCCGCUAUAUGCUUCACUCAGACAGAGAAAAUAAUCUCGGUGGACCAUUCGGUCAUGAUAAUCUACUGUAUGGUUACGGACACAUACAAACUGUAUGCGGAUUUUUUCCGUCCAAACUGUAUAAUAGUGGUUCUGUCUGCAUGUCCCCAGAAUAGAUAUGUUUUCGCCGCUGGUAUGAAGAAUGGGCUAAUUCAACUGUUCUCCAUCAAGGACAUGACAGUUUUGUGCAGCUUGCGAGGACACGACAAAGAGGUUGUUUCCAUCGAUUGGAUGCAAGUUAAGGUGCAGGAGGAGCGGGGGCAAACAAGUUGGAGAAGUGAAGAGCGUCCCAAAAUCGAGGCUCGCACUAAGGCGACCGAUAAGCGUGAAGAAGAGAAACCUGCAGCAGCUGCAGCAGCAGCAGCAGCACCUGCAGCAGCAGCACCUGCAGCAGCAGCAGCAGCACCUGCAGCAGCAGCAGCAGCAGCAAUCAAUGCAGCCGCAGCAUCGGAGGAUAUCUUCGACAUCUAUGAUUACAACGAGAACGAUGAAGAGUUCGGUACAAUCGUCGAUCGGGAAACGUCCAGUAUGGAUCGCAAGGAUACUUUCCGCGAUAAAGUUCACACAACGGAGGGUUUCAACUUCCUGGAGGCGUGUCAGAAUUUGAAACAGGACAUUAUCAAAGCCAAUCAGGAACCGGAUGCCGAAGAUCUUCCGGAUGACGUGGAACAACCGCAAGACUGCAAUACCGAUGAGGAGAAUGAGCUGGAUGAAGCGGAGAAACUGAGAGAUUUUAUUAUUGUUGACAAAGAUGAGUCACAGGUUGAUCCUCCAGAGGAAGCCCAAGAAGAUGAGGGACGGCUGAUGACGGUUCUUCUGUCUGGAAGUCGAGAGAACGUGUUGUACUUUUGGGAUUAUGAGUCGGGUGUUGUUAUCGAUAAACUAUACCUGCCCAACAGCCACACAAGUAAGCGGUUGUGCCCCGGAAUUUUCACCACGGCAGUUUGGUUGAAUCCGCGGAAAGUUAUUGCCAAUAAUGUGUCCGGGCAUGUGUUCGAAUGGAGUGUUUCCUUCGUUUUACGGGGAACAAGAAUCCGGUUGGUUGCAAAGCAAAAUCCAAUUCGUUAUCCUGUGGACAUGAUUAUCUAUCUCAUACGUGCAAAUGGUGCCUUCGGUAAGUUGACCGACGCUAAUGCGGAUUACGUGUGGUGUACGUCUAUUAAUCGAAAACUUGUUGGCGUGGCUGUAACGGAGAAACCGCAGGUAGUUGCUGAUCUGACCUGUCUACCGACGGGCAACAUGUGCAUCGUGGAAAAUCCAAUGGAAUCAACCGUUAUAGCAGUGGCUUGUCCAGAUCGAAGACUAGUAACCAUCAAUCUGGCCAGCGUAAAUUUCGACGAGAUCAUCUGUGUGCCUUUUAUGAAUAAGAUUCCUAGCAAAGUAACGGCACUUGAUUGGCAUCCUGUGCGGGAGAAUUAUAUCGCAUUCGGAACUUCGGAAGGUAGAAUUGGCCUUUACGAUACGAACAACCCGAAUAAUGUGCCGGUUUUGUUGGCUUCUUUUCUAUCAACCGACGUAUACACUCUAAAAUGGUGUGAGCUAACUGAUGAAUUCCACCAGAAAAGCGUGGUGCUGUUCGCAACUGGUAAAUCUAAAUUGGCUUACUACAAAAUGAUUGGUGCUGGGAAACAUGACCCAAUUGAACUGCGUCAGUUUGGCAUGGUUUCAAGCGUUUCGGCUUCGGGAAAUUUUCUGUUCGUCGGCACUCAAGACGGGUUUUUGUUCAUCAACGAUCUGAGUAAGAACAUGGCUCAGCUUUAUCAUGGGAGCAUCACUAGACGAUACAUUUGUUCAAUGCAAUUCAAGGAUAACAUUCUUGCUGUGUCGUCGAAUGAGAUCCACAUUCGACUGAUUGAUUUCAGUGAUGGAAUGGAUGAUAAAGUAAACGACAACAUCAAACUGCUGGAAGGUCACACUGAGGGUGUUUGUACCGUGAGGUGGGGCCAUGGGGAUAGUAAGUUGCUGGUAUCUGGAAGCUUCGACAAUACCGUUCGGGUGUGGGAUACACAAACAUGCAGUUGCAUAGCGUCGUAUCGCAGUGUGGACUCCGUGUUCAGCGCAUUGUUUUCGCCAAUUCAUGAGAAUAUUAUUAUCCUCUCUGGAAAAGGUACCACAUUGGAAUUUGUGGACUACACAAAAUACCCAGCAGAAAGUGAUAUACAAGCAAAGAAAACAAAACCAUCGAUCAAGUGGGCUACACAAGAGGACAGAAUUGAUAAGAAGGCGGCUCGCGAUAGGAAACGGGCAGGGAAAUCUAUGGAGAAGUCGAAGAAAUCUGUUUCUUUUGAACAAAUUUCGGAUGACCGAUCUGAGACAUCACUACCAGAAUCAUUGUCCGCUGAGCGUAUGGCGCCCCCGAAAGCUGAUGACACAGAAACCUGCAGAAAAUCAGUAGAUCUUCUGUCGGAUCAUUUGAGAGAAAUUAAAAUCAAAGAGUUUAAGCCUGUUCAGCUGAAGACAAACAUUCCGACUACUUUCCACCUGACAAAUCGGGAAAUUAAUAAGUCUGUGGAUAUACUUGCUUGCAUCACGAAGCUGGCCCACUUCAAGGAACCCGACGAGGACCAGGAGGAUACGAACCCAAAGGAGCAUAAAUAUUUCAAUGAGAAGCUUUUUACCACGGAGAAGGAUUUGAAGGAAUUGAUAGAUGAAGAAAUUAAGAACCAUCACGAUUUUCAUACGGCAUCGAUAGGAACAAUUCUACUGCCACAGAUUGGCUUCCGUCUGAAGGAAGAAAUCAUUGCGAGAAUCGCCUCAAAGACGCUCACAGAUCAGCUUGUUGCUUUGGCUCCAUCAAUUUCUUAUCAAUUUUGGCAAAAGUGUUGCGAAGCUUAUGCAUAUCAGUUUCUGGAGAAACAGUACACACUGGCGUCGAUUCCAUACUUCUUGGCGAGUCAUAAGAUCGCCGAAGCCAUAGAUUAUCUCUGCAAAAACAAGUACUUCCGCGAAGCGUGGGUCAUUUGCAGGAUGCGCAAAGCCAGCGAUGAUCCCGUUCUGGAGCAGGUUGCCAACGAGUGGGCACAAUAUUUGGAAAGUGUUGGUAAUAUGGAGGGAGCGGCACUCAUAUGGACCGCAUCGAAGAAGUACAAAAAUGCGGUGGCAGUAUUGUCCAAGCGGAAGGAACUGACCGAGGAUAUUCAGCGUGCCAUUGAUGUGUUGAAUGGGAAACUACAAGAGACGGAGGAGUGAAAGAAGAAUUUGAGUCGUUAAGUUUUUUUCUGUACGUUGAUGCCAAAGUUGCAGGAAGGUUAUUUUGUUGUUUAAUUUCAACUGUUGAACUGAAUAAAUACCGGACUACGAUUCCAAGAAUUA